GAUAUCAGUUCACUUAAAGAAGAAAAUACCAGAUUUAUGGCUAAGAUUAUUGGGCUUGAGGCAAGGAAUAUCAAGCUUGAGGAUGAGAAUAUGAAGCUGAGAACUGAAUUCAAAAGUAGAAUCGAAGAGUUGGAGAAGAGUAGAUCAGAUAUUGCUGGCGAGAAUGCUAGACGUGAUGAUGCAAUUGCAGAGCUUAAGGCUGAA